CUCUCACCACCACCACCAGCAGCAAAAACACCAUGUCCUUCCCACGACCCUCAAUUCCCCUCCGAAAAUGCACACGAGUACUUCCACGUCCCGUAUCCUCGCCCGCACCGCGCUUCACCUGGGCCAGCCCCCAUAACCACUCCAACACUAGGAUCAGGCCAUUCCACUCAACGCCCAUCACCUCCAAAGCCGUCCGCUCCCCCGCCGUCCGUCGCGCUGAACGCGCUGCAGCGCGAGUCCUCCGACCUACCGACACUCACACCGAAGAAGGCCUAUGGAAACUCCCCGCACAAGGCGACCUAGGCCAACGGCUCAAAUUCCUCAACGGCGCGAGCAAAUACCUCUUCGCCGACCUCUACAAACACGUGAAAGUUCGCAUCACCUACGAUAUGUUCUACCGCAUUUCCCAACAGCUCUUCGACGCAGCCUACAUCCAGCCCCCGAACCCGCAGGUCAUCUUGGACAUCGCCCGCAACAAUGAAACAAGCGUCAACAUCGUCUUCAAAGUAGGCCACCACGUCUCUAUGGGCGACAUGUCCUACAAAGAAUGGCUCCUCGCCUCGUGCGCCCUCGCCGGCGCAACAGUCCCCGUCAUAUACCAGGCGUCCCGCUACGUAUCGAUUAUGGCUCGUACGGGCGUAGACCUGGGCGACAGGCCGCUACUCGACGAGCUUGAACAUCUUGCGAACGAAGGGGAUCCGAGGGCCGUGCAGCUCUGCGCGCAGAUCCUGGACCGGCGGGGCGAGACCGCCGAGGCGACUAAGCUGAUGAAGCAGGUCGUGGACCAGUUACGCCCAUCGCUGGUGGAGCCGCGGUCGCCGGACGAUGCGUUCCUCAUCGCGACUCACAUGGAUUCGCCGUGGAAGGUGUACCGGGAGCUGCUGGAGAAGGCGGGGGACACGGCGGCGGCGGAUGAGGUCCUGCGCACCGCGGCGCUGGAGUACCAGGAUGUGCAAGCGUUGCAGGACUAUGCGGCCCUUAUGAUGCGGGAGAUGAAUCUGGAAAAGUACGAGGAGUACAUGAGUAAGGCGGCUAGCUCGGGGGAUGUGACGGCAUGUUUGAAGCUGGCGAAUUUUUACCAUCUUACGGCGCGGGGCUGGUUUCCUCGUCGGGGGGUGCAGGAAGAUCAGGCGGCGAAGCCGAAGGGGGAGAAGACGGCGAAUCCGGCGCAAAAGGUUGGGGAGCGGUCGUUUGGGGUGUUGGGGCAGGUGUUCUCGUUCUUGUUCGCGGAUGUGAAGACGCAUGCGGAGUAUCGGAAGUUGGCGAUGGAUUGGUAUGAGGUGGCGUUUACUCAUGGGAGCACACGCGCGGCGAUGUUUCUUGCUGUUCUUUUCCGGGAGGAUGGUCAGACUCAAACUGGGUGGGAGAUGCUUCGGUGCGCGAAGUGGGUUGAUAUUGAGGGAUUUCUUCCCAAGACGCAAAAUGAGAUGACCAAGGUAUGGUUGGGUGAGGACUUUCCUGAGAUACCGCUUCGGCUUUUCGAUCUUUGAUCGGCUUUACCUAUAGACAUCGCGAUGUGUGGUUUGUAUUUGUUAUGCUUGGUUUGAUACCCGUGUGUAGUAUACGCUGUACAACAAUAUUAUUUAUCUACGCCCGAAUAGCAUGUUGGGAUAGCAUCAU